GAGUCUCGAUCUGUGAUCCAGGCUGGAGUUCAGUGGUGUGAUCAUAGCUCACUGCAGCCUCGAACUCUGGGCUCAAAUGAUACUCCCACCUGAGCCUCUCAUGUAGCUGGAACCAUAGGUUAUGCACCACCACACCCAGCUAAUUUUUAAAUUUUUUGUAGAUAUGGGUGCGGGUCUCACUAUAUUGUCCAGGCUUCGGCCUCCCAAAGCGCUGGGAUUAUAGAACUGUGAGCUACCACGCCUGGCCAGCUUUUGUGAUUUCUAAAAAGCCUUAUUUUAAAUUUUCUACUUUGUUUUGUAUGGCGGGCACUCACUCCACAGCCACAGUGAUCUCUUGAAAUACUAGUCUGCCCAUGUUCCUACUUUCUCCUUAAUACCAAAAAUCCAAGAUUCUCAGCAGGAUUCUGGUGACUUGGCCUCUUUGUUCCUCUCUCCAUUUGCUGCCUCACACUUAUUUAAGUGCUUUCAUAGUCCCAGGGAAGGAAGCUCUGUGUAUGCAUUUCCUCCAGUUGUUUUCAGGCCUGGAAUGCUAAUCUCAUUUUUCUUUGCCUGGUUAGUAAUUAUUUCCUUUUUGAAAACUCUGAUGUCAUCUGUCAGAAAACCUCCCUGGUCCUUCAUCUGAGCCCAGGCCCCUGGCUCUCAGCUCUGGGCAUGUCUCUAUUUUUUAAAACCCUCUCCUUUCCAUUUAAUAAACCACAUAACAUAAUUUUGUUAUUUUAUUUAUUUAUAUUUUUGAGACAGAGUCUCGCUCUGUCACCUAGGCUGAAGUGUAGUGGUGUGAUCUCAGCUGAGAAAACCUCCACCUCCCACGUUCAAGCGACUCUCCUGCCUCAGCCUCCUGAGUAGCUGGGAUUACAGGCGCGAGCCAUGGUGCCUGGCUAAUUUUUUGUAUUUUUAGUAGAGAUGGGGUUUCGCCAUGUUGGCCAGGCUGGUCUCGAAUUCCUGACCGCAGGUGAUCCACCUACCUUGGCCUCCCAAAGUGCUAGGAUUACAGGCAUGAGCCACCACGACCGGCCUAAUUUUGUUAUUUUGAUCUAUCAGUGUCCUAGUCCUGAGGGUACUAUUAUUUUCAUCUUUGUAGCCUAGCAUGGCACCCAUGAAAUGUGUAUGUGGCUGAAAGGAACCUACCUUUGGUCACCAAUGACCCAACAAUUUCGACCACAUAUGUUGGGCUCAGACUCCCUAAACUAUCAAAAUCAUGUGCUUAUAAGUGCCUCCAGAACACAAAUCCCUUUCACAGGGCUUGAAAUAUAUCAAGUCACCAUUAAUCAUCUUAGGCCAAGGCUCCAAGUCUGGGCUACUCCAGAACCGGGAGGGCAGAAAGGGGAUUUUUUUUUUUUUUUUUUUGAGACAAGGUCUUGCUUUUUCACCCAGGCUGAGUGAAGUGGAGUGAUAAAGGCUCACUGCAGCCUCGACCCCCAAGGCUCAAGUGAUCCUCCCAACUCAGUCUCCUGAGUAACUGGAACUGGCUUUUUUUCUCUUUUUCUCUCUUUCUUUCCUUUUUUUUUUUUUUUUUUUUUUUUUUUUUUUUUUUUUGUAGAAGCAGGGUUUCGCUAUGUUACCCAGGCUGAUCUCUAGUUCUUGGGUUCAAGCGAUCCUCCCACCUCGGCCUCCCAAAGUGAUGGCAUUCCAGGAGUGAUGGCUUUUGGACGCCUCCCAAAGUGAUGGCUAUUCACAGCGCCUGGCCUGGGAAAUCUUAUUUCCAGGAAAUAUUCUCCAGGUGCGCUCUCCUGGAAAGCAGCACAAUGGGCCUCCCGGCUCCCUGGGAGCGCAGUCUCACCCACCUGCCCCGCACCCCACCCGCCUACUCUCCACCCCACCCGUUCCCACCCUGUCUGGGUUUUCGGGUGUUCACCAUUGAGGUGGGAGCCACAUCCGCGCCCCGUGGCCUGGCGAACCUCACUGAACACUUCUGCCCGACCCCCGCAGCGGCAGCGCGACCGGAUGGCGUGGGUGUCACCACGCGGUGGCCACUCUCUCUGCCGCGACGCGCCAGCGGCGGGACCUCAGAGGGGGCGCCCUCGGGGUGCAAGACACGGCACUCCGGAAAUCCCCCGGGAGGGAGGUGUUGGGAGAAAUAAAUCCUUUUCUCCAGAGUUGCGCAAGGGCCAGCGCGGUAGAGCCAGGUUGGGAAUGCCAGAGCGGGCGUCCUCGCCAGUGAGCCCACGCCGCCCGCCCGCCCGCUCCCAACCCGGCUCCCGCCGAGUGUCCGAACCAAAAGCGAAAGGAAUCCGACCCCCGCGUCCCCUCCGGCGGCUCCGGCGUCGCGUCCGCUGGGAGGUCGCCGCGCACCUCCGACCCUGCCGGGCCGCUUUGUGACUUCACUCGUUUCGCAACAAGCCCGGGCAGCCCGCGCCCCACCAACUCUGGCCGGCACCCUCGCCGCCAGCAGCCUCGCCGCCAGCAGCCUCGCUCCGUUCCUCGCGCUUCCCCUCCCUCCGUUCCUCGCACUUCCCCUCCCUCCGUUCCUCGCGCUUCCCCUCCCUCCGCUCCUCGCGCUUCCCCUCCCUCCGGGGCUGGGCCUGUCCCGGCAGUCGCGGAGCCUCCCCUCCCACCGUCCGUGACCGUCCGCGCCCGGCCGCCGCCUCCAGGCAGCCCGGAGCAACCCGACGCCCGGGCGUCGCACUCCGUCGGCGGCGGCGUGAUGCUGCGCUUCCUGAAGGGAAUGGCUUUCCUCCCCUUCCUCUUGGUGACCUGGUCGUCAGCCGCCUUCAUUAUCUCCUACGUGGUCGCCGUGCUCUCCAGGCACGUCAAUCCCUUCCUCCCCUACAUCAGUGAUACAGGAGCAACGCCUCCAGAGAGUGGUAUUUUUGGAUUUAUGAUAACCUUCUCUGCAUUUCUUGGUGCAGCCACGAUAUAUACAAGAUAUAAAAUAAUAGAGAAGCAAAAUCAAACCUGCUAUUUCAGCACUCCUGUUUUUAACUUGGUGUCUUUAGUGCUUGGAUUGGUGGGAUGUUUCGGAAUGGGCAUUGUCGCCAGUUUUCAGGAGUUAGCUGUGCCAGUGGUUCAUGACGGGGGUGCUCUUUUGGCCUUUGUCUUUGGUGUUCUGUACACGCUCCUACAAUCUAUAAUCUCCUAUAAAUCGUGUCCCCAGUGGAACAGUCUCUCGACAUGCCGCAUACGGAUGUUCAUCUCUGCCGUGGCUUGCGCAGCUGUCAUCCCCAUGAUUGUCUGUGCUUCACUAAUUUCCAUAACCAAGCUGGAGUGGAAUCCAAGAGAUAAGGAUUAUAUAUAUCACAUAGUGAGUGCGGUAUGUGAAUGGACAGUGGCCUUUGGCUUUAUUUUCUACUUCCUAACUUUCAUCAAAGAUUUCCAGAGUAUCACCCUAAGGAUAUCCGCAGAAACCAAUGGUGAUGUUUGAAGACAGAAAAAUUCGAUCUCAGUGAAUGUCGCAGGCCAUUUCUAAAAGUGCUACAGAGGACAGACAGGGUUUUGAGGCCACCCUGAUUAUUGGGAUGCAUCUGCAGCACAUCCAGGACUCGAAUUUCAUUACGAGUUCCUAGUAGUUGUACUAUUUCCAAAGAUGUGCCUGCCUGCCCUCCCUCCCUUCCUUCCUUCCUUCACUCCCUCCCUCCCUCUGUUGCCCAGGCUGGAGUGCGGCGGCAUAAUCUCGGCUCACUGGAACGUCCCUGCCUCGGGCUCCCGUGAUUCUCCUGCCUCCGCCUGCCGAGUGCCUGGGAUUGCAGGCGCACACCACCACACCUGGCUGCUUUUUGUAUUUUUGGUGGAGAUGGGGUUUCACUGUGUUGGCCAGGCUGGUCUCCAACUCCUGACGUCGAGUGAUCUGCCCGCCUCGGCCUCUCGAAGUGCUGGGAUUACAGACGGAGUCUCGCCCACUCAAUGCUCAAUGUUGCCCAGGCUGGAGUGCAGUGGCGUGAUCUCCGCUCGCUACAACCUCCACCUCCCAGCCGCCUGCCUUGGCCUCCCAAAGUGCUAAGAUUACAGCCUCUGCCCAGCCGCCACCCCGUCGGGGAAGUGAGGAGCGUCUCUGCCUGGCCGCCCAUCCUCUGGGAUGUGAGGAGCGCCUCUGCCCGGCCGCCCCAUCCGGGAAGUGAGGAGCACCUCUGCCUGCCCGCCCCGUCUGGGAAGUGAGGAGCGCCUCUGCCUGGCCGCCCAUCGUCUGGGAAGUGAGGAGCGCCUCUGCCUGCCCACCCCCUCUGGGAAGUGAGGAGCAUCUCUGCCCGGCCGCCCCAUCUGGGAAGUGAGGAGCGCUUCUGCCCAGCGGCCCAUUGUCUGGGAUGUGAGGCGCGGCUCUGCCCGGCCGCCCCAUCUGGGAAGUGAGGAGCGCCUCUGCCCAGCCGCCCAUUGUCUGGGACGUGAGGAGCGGCUCUGCCCGGCCGCCCCGUCUGGGAAGUGAGGAGCGCCUCUGCCCGGCCACCCCGUCUGGGAAGUGAGGAGCGCCUCUGCCCGGCCGCCCCGUCUGGGAAGUGAGGAGUGCCUCUGCCUGGCCGCCCAUCGUCUGGGAAAUGAGGAGCGCCUGUGCCUGGCCACCCAUCGCCUGGGAAGUGAGGAGCGCCUCUGCCCGGCUGCUGUGCAACCUUCCAAGUGUGAAGUGACAGCCUUCGUUGUAGAAUGAAUGAAGACACUGGCACUGAUUAUAUAACACCUUGGCAGCUAUCUCAAGUCGUUGAUGGUGGAGGUAUUGGAAUUAUAGAAGAAAGCAAACACGCAAAUUUGCCUAAAGGCGAUUUUGUGACUUCCUUCUAUUGGCCCUGGCAAACCAAGGUUAUUCUGGAUGGAAAUAGCCUUGAAAAGGUGAUAUAUAUAUAUAUAUGAACGUAUCUGAUUUUUUUCUCCGUAUAAUUCUUACUUUGUGCAUUUGAUAUUCAGUUGUUUGUAUCACAGAAAAUAAAAGCAUAUAUAAAAAGAAAAAAAAA